AUGCCAAAGUUAGUACCUGUUUAUAAUCAAGAAAAAUCACUGAAAGAACAAGAUGACAAAGAAUUAAUUAAACACAGGAAUUGGGAUUUCGCACAUUCAUUGGUAAAAUUAAAAAACGUUGAGGAUAAUAAUGAAGAUAUUUAUGAGAAACCUUACUUAAAAAAAAGCAAAAACUUAGUAAAGAAUGAGAAGGGAUUAUGGGUUACAAAAAAAAGAAAAUCAAUUGAGGAUAAAAUUAAAGAUAAGAAAAAAAGAAAAAAAGAAGAAUCAUUAAAAAACAAAACUAAACAUAAUUAUAAUAAACGUAAUAAAUCAAAUAGUUGUACCUCAAGUGAAUCGAGUAGUUAUAACAAAGAGAGAAAGAAUUCUCCAAGUUUAUCAUUAAGUAGUUCCAUCAAAAGUGAUGUUUCUUCAAGCUUAAGUUUAAAUUCUAAUUGCACUAAUUCAAACACAAGUAGUUAUAUAUCAAGUAAAAGUAGGGAAGGAAUUUUAAAAAAUAAAAGUAAAAUAAACAAGGAAAACACAAAAAACUUUGAAGAUGUCGAUAAAAUAUAUAGAGAUAAUGAAAAAAAAAAUGAAAAAAAAAAAGAUAAAUAUGAAAAAAGCAUUAAAAAUAGUUCUUUUACACAUAUAAAUAAUACAAGUGAUGACUCAUAUAUGUUUAGAGAAAAUGUUAAUAAUUUAGGAGAUAGAAAAAAAAAAAGGGAAACUGAUUUUGAUACUAAUGGUGAGAUAAAUGAAAAUAACAUAAAUUUUGACAAAAUGAAUGUAGACCAUGUAAAUAUACAAGAAAAGGAUUUAAAAAAACAAGCUCAUAUUGGAAAUAAUAAAGAUGAUAAAAAACAUAGAACUUCAGAAGAAAAAAAGAAUAAAAUAAAGCAAGAUAACAAAGAAGCAUUUGAAAAUAAAAUAAGUAAAACUCAUAAAAUUAGAAUGUCUGGUGACGAGAAAUAUAAGGAUAUAAGUGAUUAUGAAAAAGAGUAUAUACAUAAUGAAGAAAAUGAGAAUUUUAAAAAGGAUAAGAACGUCACAAAAAAAGAUUACAAAGCAACAAAGAAAGAGAAUGAGGAGGAAAAAAGAAAAAAAAUAGAAGAGAAAGAGAAUAUAAAGCAAGAUGAAAAAAAAAUAGUGGAAAAAGGAAAUGAAGAAAAAAUAGAAAGAAAAAAGGAUGAAAUAAAAGUAAAAGAGACAACAAGAAAAGAUGAUGAGGAGGAGGAUGAGAAAGAUAGAAGGAGAAAUGGGCAUAGUAAAAAUGAGAGAAAAAAAUAUGACAGAGAAGAAAGUAAAUACAAACAUAGAAAUAGAUAUAGUGACUAUAACAAAAGGGAUAGUAGCAAAGAAAAAGAAAAAAGAUAUAAGCACAAAAGUCAUAGAAAAGAUAAACACAAAAAUGAUAGAAGAGAUAAAUAUAAAAAUGAGAGAAGAGAUAGAUAUAAAGAGAAAGGAAAAGAUAAGUCAGAUAUUUUUUAUGACAAUGAAAGAAUAGGACAUGAGGAUAAAGAAAUCUAUAGAGAAUCAUCUAGUUCAAAAGAUAAAAGCGAUAAAAGGUUAAGAUAUAAAGAUACUAGAAAUUUCGCAUAUAAAGAAAAAUAUUAUAAUUAUGAUGAAAGAAGAACACAUGAAAGAAAAACAGAAUUAAAAGAUGACUGUCAUUACGAAACUGUAGAAGAAAUUAAUGCUAAAAAUUCUUUAAAUUAUGAUGAUAAUUUAGAUAAAAAUCAUGAUAUUAAUAAUGCAACAAUAACUAACAAAACACAAUUCAAACAAGAUGAAAUGUGUGACAGUGAUGAAAAUGGAAUAGAAAAUUCACAAGGCGUAGAAGAAAUAAAUAAAAAGUUUCAAGAAAAAUUGGAAGAAGAAAGAAUGAUGCAAUCUUUAGGUUUACCUCUUGGAUUUGUUUAA